UGUUUUUCACCUAAUAAAAUGCAUAAUUUACUGCUACAAUAAAGUGCUGAGUGCUGUUUAUUGGGGCUCUAGUUUUGGCCAAAUUUAUAUUUCUAUUUUAUGAAACCCUGGCACUAUGACUAAAGGUGGUUAGUUUUCCCUUAUGUUAUUGUUAAAUUUUUGAUUACAUAUUGAAGCAUGAUGUAAAAAUUGUACGCAUUGGUCUAAGGAAUUCAACCCAAGCAUGAAGUGUUGUUUUCCAUUUAAUCCCAGCAAAAUAAUGAGCCAGAUGAUAUAGGGUAUGUUUAAUAAUACUGUAUAGAUUAAAGACUUUAGCUGUAAAGGGCUAUUGCACAAUGGUAGGGCUUGCUCACUGAAAUCUCAUUGAGCAUGUUGCUAUUGUGAUGCUGUAUUUUAUAGUGUUUUCCAGGCUACACUUAUAUAAUCCCUAUAAUUUGAUUUAGGUUUCAAGAAACAGGAAAUGGAUUCUGGAAACCAAAGCACAGUUAAGAUGUUUUUCCUCAGUGGGUUUUCUCAGUCUUUGGAAUUGCAGGUGUGUUUCUUUGUACUGUUUUUGGUUUUGUACUUCUUAACAUUAUCUGGAAACAUUCUGAUUAUGGCCUCUGUCUGCAUGGAUUCCCGCUUGCACUCUCCAAUGUAUUUUUUACUGGGCAACUUGUCAGUUCUGGACAUUUUUUAUUCCACAGUAACAAUUCCUAAAAUGCUCAGCAAUGUCAUCACAAACAGCAAGGCUAUUACAUUCAACCAGUGCAUGUCACAGCUUUUCUUUCUUCACAUGUUUGGUGGCACAGAGUGCUUCUUACUGACUCUCAUGGCGUAUGAUCGUUAUGUGGCAAUUUGCAAUCCCCUAAGAUAUCACACAAUUAUGAACCACACAUUUUGCUGGGGAAUGGUGGCAUCUACAUGGCUAGCUGGUUUCUUGCAUUCGUUCACCCAAGCAUUUCUGACAUACCAACUACCUUUCUGUGGUCCCAAUACUAUCAACCAUUUUUUUUGUGAUGUUCAUCCGUUAGCUGUGCUGGCCUGUUCAGACACUUCCUUCAUUGAUAUGUUUAUAAUAGCCAACAGUGGGAUGAUAUCGCUUGUCUGUUUUGUGAUAUUGCUUAUGUCCUACAUUGGCAUCAUUAACACAGUCUUGAAGAUGAACUCAACAGAAAGGAGAUUCAAAGCUUUCUCUACAUGUGCUUCCCAUCUUAUGGUUGUCACAUUCUUCUUUGGACCAUGUAUUUACAUUUAUUUGAGGCCUCCUAUAAAUUAUUCAGCAGACAAACUUAUUUCUGUGCUCUAUACUGUGCUGACUCCUUUACUCAACCCAAUUAUCUAUACAUUUAGGAACCAGGAAAUGAAGAGUGCACUUAAAAAAAUUCUACGGGAAACUGUAUUACGGGGUCUAAGAAAUAAAAACAGUAAUUAAAUAAUAUAUAGCCAACAGUGCCCAUUCUGGAGCAUCUAUUAUGAAGGAAUAAUAUUGUUUUAUUU